UGCGUGCAAAUCACUCCAUUCCACAAAGAUACUUCAACAAUAUAAAAACCCAAGUCAAUGCUGUAAGUUGAACAAAGCCAAUAAAAUUUGGCUCGGCGUUCACUUCACUUGUCAGAAAUCCUUUCGUUGAGCAGCUGCCCUUGAGAUCCUUCUUGAAUGCGUAGCUAUUGCUUACUCCUUACAAAAAACGAUUCCACUGUCUGUAAUUGUAGGCAUUCAAGGAUUUUACAGGUGAGAUGGCCAAAACCCAUAUAGCCAUCUUCCCUCUGAGUUGGGGAAUGGGUCAUUUCCUCCCACUAGCGGCCUUUGCAGAGCGGCUCUGCAACUUUGGUGGCUUCUCCAUCACCUUCAUUAUUAGCAAGUGGAAGUGGGGAUCUCAGCAACCAAUUCUGGUACAACGAUUGGCCUCUUCCGGCCUGGACAUCCGCUUUAGAGAGAUCCCUGAAAUCACCGUAGAUGAAAAUGAGCAACACCUAAUAUUCUUUCAGAAAGCAAAGCCACACAUCCAAGAGCUUCUACAAUCGUUGCAUUCCUCUUCGCCCAUCUCUUCCUUCGUUACAGAUUUCUUCUGUACUGACCUGCUCGACUUUAGCGCCAGUCUUAACAUACCAUCUUAUUUAUUUUCUCCAAGCUCUGCUUCUUUUGUUUGCUUCAUGUUACAUCUUCCCAAGCUCGUCUCGGAGAUUGAAGUUUCCUUUAAAGACUUACAAUCUGAUGUGGAGAUUCCGGGGCUUCCACUGAUUUCCGCCAGGGAUCUGCCCAAUCCAGUCCAGGACAGGUCGGUUCCUGCGUUUAAUUGGUUUGUCCACCAAGCCUCCCGCUUCAAGGAAGCAUCAGGGAUUCUCAUUGAUACCUUUGCUGAGCUGGAGGAGGAAGCCAUUAAAGCCCUAAGCGCGGAAGGAAACCCCUGUAUUUAUACGAUAGGCCCCUUGAUGUUCUCAGAUUCUGAGGCUCUAGACGAGUCAAGGUGUCUGGAAUGGUUAGAUCAGCAGCCUCUGUCUUCUGUUCUGUUUGUGGCCUUCGGAAGCAGAGCCGUUUUGUCAAAAGAGCAAAUUACGGAUCUGGCGAUUGGACUAGAAUCCAGCGGCCACCGGUUCCUCUGGGUUCUUCGCGGGCACAAGUCUGGGGAUUCUUCUUCUCCUGAAACUGACAUUUCUCAGCUUUUACCGGAGGGUUUUGAGAUUCGAACCAGGGAUCGCGGGCUGGUGCUUCUUAAUUGGGCACCUCAGAUUCCUGUUCUUUCUCACCCGUCUACUGGAGGCUUCCUUUCUCAUUGCGGGUGGAAUUCUACGCUGGAGAGCGUGUCGCAUGGAGUUCCUAUGAUCGCUUGGCCUCUUUUUGCAGAACAGAGGAUGAACAAGGUCAUAUUGGUGAAGCAGAUUCAGGUCGCCAUAGAUUUGAGGAUGGAAAGCAAUGGAUUUGUGAGGAGAGAAGAAGUGGAAAGAGCAGUGAGGGAAUUGAUGGAGGGAGAGGAAGGAUCAAAGGCUAGGGAGAAAAUGAAAGAGCUGAAGGACAAGGCCAAGAUUGCUCUCAUGGAAGGAGGAAGUACAAUGAAGGCCACAGCCAAUGUAGCCACAGAUUUAUCACAGAAACUUAGCUUGACUCCCUAAUAUGUGGACUCACUAAGGCGAGAUUUGUUGUUUGAGAGUGGCUAUUAUGUUAUCGUCUUCUUUUCCUUUUCUCUGGGUGCCCUGAUUACUGUGAAAUCUGUUGCUUUGAAACAGCAAAUACUUUUGAUCGUUUUCUCUGCUCUGUUAAGCUUGGAGGCUAAGCUGGAGCUUGCUUUGGUUGAACUUCGUCUUAUAAUACUAGCAGGAAUCUAAUUUUGUUAAUACAAAUAUAUUUAUUAAUGGGACUCGAACCCUGUAAACGCUCUGUUUUCCUCC